AUGGACGGUUUCCCAAUUUUGGAGCUGCCUUUGGAGUCCCCCAACCUUCAACAGCCGAAAGAUGGCUACGAUUUGGGGCGCCGAGCGUGGGCGGCGGAGGGUGGGACCACCAGCACCGCUGCUGCACUCAAGGAGGAGUUGGUAAAGCGUUGCGAUGCCUUCAAAGCAAAGCAGGAGGAGAUGUGGGACUUCAUGGAAGAACACCCGGAAGAGGAGAAAAAAUCCAAGAAAUCCAAGAAGGACAAGGCUUCGCUACUGGAGGCUGAGAGCUUCGCGGCCCAACGAGUGGAGUUGAGCGAUGACUUGCAGCAGCUGCGUGAGAAGUGUAUCGAAGCAAUUGAAGAGCUGGGGGAGAUGAACCCCACCGCGAGGCCUACCAGUGGCUGGAGGGGCUAUGGAGGAGAAACGCCAGGCAACUGUGUGUUGAACGGCACCUGGAAACUCCUCUUCACCGACGCAGCGGACGCCACCUUUCGCCGGGGCAAGCGUUUCUUGGCGCUGGGGAUGGUCAUAUUGCAGAUGGUUUAG